UACCUCGCGUCAAAAGUUUAUUGUGUUAGUUCCGGCGCCUGGGAGGAUAUUACUCAACUGCAUGAUUGUUUAAAAAAAUGCUUCAAUAUUGAAGGUCCAUUGGAAAAUUAUGUGUUUAUUAUUGGGGAUAAAGAAAUGGAUUUUGUCUGGACAAAAAUGCAAAUCAUCGACUUCCUUAAACAACAGAAAUGUUCGGGUGAUAAUCCAGUCCGGAUAUCUGAUGUAAAAAAAGGAAAAGCGGAUGAACCGUCAA